AUGGAUAGAUUAGGUGUAAAAUGUUCUUAUCAUAGUCAAGGAUGUGUUUGGACAGGAGUUUUAAAUGAGUUGGGCAAUCAUUUGAAUCAGUGUGAAUACAAAAUUCUUCAAUGUCCAAGGGAGUGUGGUGUAGAAAUUCAGCGAAAGUAUUUAGAACAGCAUAUUGAAAAUGAUUGUUUUAACCGCAUCAGAAAGUGCCAAUAUUGUGGAACAAAGAUUAUAUUUGCUAAUGAAGCUAAACAUUUUAGUAUUUGUUCAGAAUUUCCAAUUCCUUGUCCAAAUAAAUGUGAAAAUACUACUAUACCAAGAGGAUUUUUAACAGCCCAUUUAAAAAAUGAUUGUUCUAAACAAAAUUUACAUUGCCCAUUCAGUGUUCAUGGUUGUCAAUUUCGUGGUCGUAAGAAUAAAAUUGAUCCACAUUUACAACAAUCAAUUGUGAUACAUUUAAAUCUUCUCAAUACAUCUGUUGAACAAAUGUCAUUAUUAAUCGAAGCACAAACAAAGUCGUAUGCAGAAAUUCGCAAUUUUCUAGAGUUACAAACGAAGCGUAUAGCAUCAUUAGAACAUGGUUUGGGUGCAUCCUUUCUGUGGAAAAUAGAUUCAUAUGCUGAAAAACUAAAUAAUGCUAAGUCCGGUAAACAGAAUGCUUUAUUCAGUCCACCAUUCUAUACUCAUCGAUAUGGUUAUCGAAUGGCUUUAUCUGUUUCACUGUAUGGAAAUGGAGAUGCACGUGGAAAAUACAUGUCAGUGUAUGCCUGUCUUUUUCGCGGAGAACAUGAUUCACUUUUACAGUGGCCAUUCUCACAUCAGUUAACAUUUACGCUAAUCGACCAAAAUCCAGAAGUCAAUGCACGAAAACCAGUAAAUUAUACAAUGAAACCUAAUUUAAUUGGUGAUUACAACCAAUUUUUCGAUAAACCAAUUACUGAUCGUAAUUCAUGUUUCGGUGCACCACGUUUUGUCAAAUUAGAGGUUAUGGAAACUGCAAAUUAUGCAAUGAACGAUGAAAUUUAUCUGAAGGUUACAAUGAAUUUAGAUCACGUGUUACCAAUCUAG